UUUGUAUUGGUAUAGACAGAUGGCUAUUUUGUGACUAGGUGAUUCGGAAAGGAAAUUUUGGCCUAAGGAGUGUUGUAGGGGUUUUGGUGGCCGAAGAGUUCAGUGGAGGUUGUUCCUGUUAAGCGUCCUGUUCGUGAUAGGGGUGGUUUUCAUUAUGUUUUUCAUUAUUUUUUCAAGGGAAGGAUGAUGUUUGUGAGGCUUAGUAGGUGUUUGGUUUUCUUUUUGUGCCGUCGGUGCGAUGGCGGGUGUUCAAGCGUCGUGGUUUUGUUCACCGUCGUCGUUUUCGUCGGAGGUUUUGCCUCGGUUGGCUCGUGAGAUCUCGCAGGCGACGGGAUGUUUUGCUUUGCGGAACGGAUCGUCCCAUUAUCAAGUCGUCGCAUCGUCUUUCAACUUACCGAACAACUGUCCGAUAAAAGUGCAUGGUGCUGUUGUUUGGUUAUCGAUGUGUGCUGAUUGCAAUCCUGGUGUUGUUCGCAUUCGGCUUGGUGGUUCUCCUGAUCGUGACGAAGUUUCGCAGACGAGAAUGUUUUCGGUUACGUCAACAACUACAAGAAGAAUAUGGCUUCGGAUGUCUUUUUUAAAUGAUUUCCAUUUGCAUGCUCCUGAUAAUCCUAUCAUUUCGCUUUCUUAUGUUACUGAUUGUGGGAGUUAUCGUGGUAUGAUGCAGGUUGCUAUUACUUUGUAUUGGUAUAGACAGAUGGCCAUAUCAAGUCCAAACCAAAGGCGGUUUCCAAAAAUUCAACAGUAAAGCGAUAGUCAUCACCACCAACAAAUACCCGGAGCAAUGGUGGAAACCCGAAAUAACAAACAAAUUCAAUAUAAAGGCCUUCGACCGACGCGUCACUUUAACAUGGAUUCGAUUCUCCAACUACGAAACGUCAUAUUUCAACUACCAAUUUGGAUCAAAU